AUGGAUUCCACAAAUCGUGGUGAAGAAAAUCCUGCUCGUAGUUCAGCCAUCGUCCAGACGUGGACUCUGUUUAUACACCAAAUUUGGAUGACUAUCUCACCAGUCUCGUCCCUGGGAGUGAAAGCGGUAGACAAGCAAAAUAAAUUCCUCCAAGAUCGGCUGCUUGACACCCUUGGUCCAGUAAGCCAAUUGUUUGAACAUAUCUUCGGGACGUUGUCUCAAUGUCAACCUGGCAAAACAAUUGAUUUGACAUAUGAACAGCUCAAUGAGUUAGGUAGCAUUACUUCUAAUGCAAUACGUUUAUUGGGUAAUACAUCAGCCUUGUUAUCACAAGAGCGAAGAAAAGCUGUAUUACAGAAGAUCAAUUCACAGGGUACUCUGGCAUCUUUGGCAUCUGAAGAAUUUCCUCAAGCCGGUCUUGGUCUGGGCAUUGAUAAGCAACGACCCAUGGGUUAUAGAGACAGUUCAGGGAUAUCAUAUCGAUUUUUUGCAGGUCCCAGUUCAGCAUGCCCUGCCCGUGCUACCCGUUCACAGCAGAGAACAGAGUGCUCUAAUCGACUUAGAGGUCAAUCAAAUGCUCGAAAAACCAGCUAUCCACAUAGUCCACGCACACGAGAAAGAGCAAGGGUUUAUAAGUGCUCUUUUUCUAGUUCCAAAGAAGGGGGGUGGCCAACAUCCAGUAGUAAAUUUACGUCCUCUAAACCAGUACAUCCCUUACGAACAUUUCAAGAUGGAAGGGAUACACAUGCUCAGGGACCUUCUAAGGAAGGACGAUUACAUGGUGAAAAUAGACCUAAAAGAUGCAUACUUUACGAUACCGUUUUGGAAAAACCAUCAGAAAUUCCUUCGGUUUAUUUGGAAGGAAACAAUGUACGAGUUUGCAUGCCUACCUUUUGGACUGUCAAGUGCCCCGCGGGCGUUCACAAAGUUAAUGAAACCGGUGGUUGCCCAAUUAAGGAAACAGGGUAUUCAUCUUAUUAUAUACCUGGACGACAUACUUAUUAUGGCCGAGACCGAAACCCUAGCCAAUCAACAUGCACAGACAACUUGCAAUCUUCUGGAAGCUCUAGGGUUUGUGAUAAACUAUCAGAAAUCCAACCUCACCCCAUCCAAAAAGAUGGAAUUUCUGGGGUUUUUAGUCGAUUCCCAAGCACCGACCCUUGCUCUUCCUCGCGACAAAAUUCGAACAGCAAAGAAAGAGUGUCAGAAUCUCCUGGAUUUGCAGGUUGUCACAGUGCGAGAACUGGCCAAGGUUCUCGGUCAUCUCACUUCUACUAUCCAGGCUGUCUUUCCAGCCCCCCUACACUUCCGCCACUUACAGGAAUGCAAAAACAAAGCUCUGUGGUUAAGUCAUACGUACGAACACCCCUUCAAGUUGACCAUACAGGCCAAAGAGGAGCUGGUGUGGUGGAGAGACAACCUGGAUGCUUGGAAUGGAAAAGCCCUGGUUUCAGGGAGUCCAGACCUGGUUAUAGAGACCGAUGCCUCCCAAAAGGGUUGGGGAGCAUUUUGCAUGGGAACGUCCACAGGGGGGCAGUGGUCCCAAGCAGAAUCCUCUCUCCACAUCAAUUGUUUGGAACUUCUGGCCGGGGCCUUUGCUGUGAAAACAUUUACCAAAGGCAAGGCCAGGAUGACUGUUCGUUUGCUGAUGGACAAUGUGUCCGCAGCACACUACAUAAACAAGAUGGGGGGUACCAAAUCCCCAGUUUUAGCUCGACUAGCACUCGACCUUUGGGAUUGGUGCCUACAGCACGAAAUCCUUGUAGAGGCCGAAUAUCUCCCAGGAGUGCUAAAUGUUCGGGCAGACAGGAAGUCCAGAGUAAUGUUGGAUCGUCACAAUUGGAAGCUAGAUCCCCCAGGUGUUUUCCACAAUAAAUCAGUUGUGGGGCCCACUAGAGGUAGACCUCUUUGCUUCCCGGUUGACAACCCAGCUCCCAAGAUUUUACAGCUGGAGACCCGAUACACAGGCAGAGGCCUCAGAUGCAUUUACCCAGGACUGGAGCAAGGUGAGGGGAUAUGCCUAAAGAAACUAUUAGACCAGAGUGUCCCGUUUCUAGUACUGAUAGCACCUCUUUGGCAAUCCCAGCCGUGGUAUCCACAGAGUUGUAUAGCGGCACCAAUUAUACUGCCCCACUAUCAAGGCCUCUUAACAUGCCAGAUGGAGAUGCAUCCAUUAGACAAUCUCCAACUAGCAGGUUGGCUGCUAUCAGCCAAUCAUACACUCAAGCAGGCAUUUCACAACCAGCUCAAGAAUUGUUGCUGGCAGCAUGGCGCAAAGGCACAGCAACUACCUAUGCUUCCGCUUGGAGAAAGUGGGAUAGCUGGUGUUGUGAGCGGGAAAUUAGUUCAGUUCAUGCCCCAAUAGAAGCAAUUCUUGAGUUUUUAACAACAGAAUUUAACUCUGGUAAAGCGUACAGAACCCUAAACGUUCAUAGGUCGGCUAUAUCCAGCACCCAUGCUCACAUUGAUUUAGUGCGAGUGGGUGAGCACCCUUUAGUAGUUCAACUAUUAAAAGGUGCAUAUAACUUGCGACCACACCUGCCAAGGUACUCCAGCAUGUGGGAUGUUGGGACUGUGUUGUCCUUUAUAGAAUCCAAAGGUACAAAUAACAACUUGACACUUAAGGAUUUAUCACAAAAGUUAGGCAAGCUGCUUGCUCUCACUGCAAUUGAAAGGGUCUCGGAGGUCAUUGCUCAUGACCUGCGAUAUCGCCAUUACUCCCAGGAUGGAGUAAUCUUCCAUCUACCAGAACUUACUAAAAAGUCUAAAGUUGGGUCAACACUAAAAUCAUCGUUUCAUGCUAGUUUUCCCAGCAACCCUAAACUGUGUGUUAUCAAGUGUUUGCGAGAGUAUGAAAAGCGAACAUCGGGGUUUCGCGCUAAGGAUCCUUCUAUGCCUAACAAACUUCUGCUGUCGCAUAUAAAACCCCACAAACCGAUCUCUUCGGCGACUUUGG